AUGAGUACGGAAAACAGCCAACCGGGUCAUAUUCCGUCAGAACUAUUGAAUACACUCAAUGUAAGCCAAUCUAAUAUUGAUCAACUAUUAUCGGUCGGAAUCGUAACUACAAGUCAGCUAUCAUUGACACAAUUCAACUCGACAAAUAUGAUUUCAGAUAUUCAACAACACGAUCAUGGAACCGGAACACAGGAUGCGGGUCAAGAACAACGACAUCAACAAACACAAGCGCGACGACAACCACAACAACAAGAAGAACGCCAACGUUUACGACAACAACAGCAACAAGAACAGUGA